ACAUACUGAAAUGUUAAAUAAUUAAAGAUGGCCUGAAAGAAGUGUAGAAGACGAAGUGUCACUUCAGAAAUAGUAUCAUAUAUUUCACGAAAGUAAAAUUGAAAUUUAGCCUACAAUCAUGUCAUAUUUAAGUCAGCCCGAUUACGUGCGUUAUGUGUGUGACUGUGGAUCUUUGAAACCAAUAUCGAAAACGUAUUUCUGUAGAUACUGUUCGAAAACUCGUUGCGGUUAUUGUGUCUGUCAAGAGAUUGAUACACAUUAUUGUCCUAAUUGUAUGGAAAAUUAUCCAUCUGCAGAGGCACGUCUUCAGAAAAAUAAGUGUUCAAAUUGCUUUGAAUGUCCCUGUUGUUUUCAUACUUUGUCCACAAGAGCAGGACAUGUACCUUUUAAGACAGCACCUCCCGAAGGAGAAGAAUCCAAAGAUGUGAAAACAACACCAAAGAAAUUUUAUUAUUUGUUCUGUUCAUUAUGUAGAUGGACUUCGAGGGAUGCUGGUAUUCCAGAUCAAUCUGUUGCAACUGGAGGUUGGCCUGAACAGGAAAAUCCUCAUAUAAGUCGAAUUAAUGCUUUAAUUGAUUAUCAUAAAAUAUUGGCUUCCAUAGAGAAGCAACAAUGUGAAAAGAAAUUCCGGCCAAAGCGUCCUUAUGUGCUUGGCAUGUUCACUAUAACAUCUUUAGUACGCAAACGGAUUGGUUAUCCUUCAUACACUCCAACUAAGGACCAAUCAAGUGAUCAACCUCCACCAUCUGUUGCCAGUGAAGAGGUAGAAGAACUACCAGCAGAUAUUUUUACAGCUCCAGUGGAUGUAACCAAGAUUACCACAUUGGAACAGAGAUUACAACAUUUAGAAGUACAGGCUGAGAAUGUAAAUGAAUUGCGUCCGCAGCGUAGAAAAUAUUUAGUCAGAAGUUCGCAACGUUGCCGAGCAUGCGAGCACAGUGUUAAUAAGCCAGAGCUUUGUCCACAGUCUACAAAAUUCAAGAUUCAGCUUGCUGCAUUUUAUCAUGUACCAGAGGUAAGAAUUGUUACUUGUGAACCACUUCGACCAGGUAAAACAAGUGAACUACUUCUGAAAUUUUGUAAUCCAACACAACAUCAAACUGAAGUGAUGUUGCUACCAUUAAAUACAUCCAUGACUCCAGUAGAUACUACCAGUGAAAAAGAAGAUGCGAAACAGGAAAAUGUACAACAAGAUUCAGAAUCUCCAAACUUAUUGCCUCUUAUUGUACGACAAAUACCUAUAGCAGAAGAAAUUAGAUCUAUAAAAGUUAAUCCAAAUGCAGACGUACUUCUGCCUCAAACUUUUUUUAUACUUCCACCUAGAGAUGAUGCUGCUGAAUACGACGAUACAGGCGACACUCAUAAUUUUCAAGAUGAUCCUAAGCUUGUAGUUUGGCGUAAGGGAAAUAAAGCAGUGAUAAAACUUCAUGUAAUUCCACACGAGGAUUUGAAGGAAAGUAAAGAAAAUCAAUCAAUCAUUAUUGCAUUUGUCAUGAACUAUGGAUAUGUAAAUACAUUUGCAAAACUAGAACAUACAACACCUAAAAAAUUUGAUCUGAAAGUGAAACUGUAUCUCACUGUGGGUAACAUUGUUGGCAAUGCUUAAUGCUUGUUAAAAGUCUAAUUUCUACGAAUACAAACUAUUACAUAAUAAAUUAUUCCAUAUUAUAUCAUUUAAAGAUAGUAAAAUAAUUAACUAAUUUAUAUUAAUUUCAUAAAUAACGUUAAUGUAUUCUUCAAUUUUUUUUAACAUGUUUUAAAUAAAAUAAAUACUGAAUAUUUUAUUGGGAAUAAAGUGCACUAUCAAGAAGAAGAAGAAGUGAUAAGUUAAACUGGUACAUGUACCUAUGCAUAUUUAUUUAUUUACAAAAAAAUGAAAUUUAUUUUCUUCCUUCUUCUUCAAUGAAAGAUGUGUUUAUUGCAUAAAGACGAACUGAACUAUUAUUUGUAUAGAUUAAGAGAAUAAAAUAAUAUA